AUGUUGCGCUUAGCAAAUUUUCCCUCUUUCUUUCUUACCAUUACCUUCACAGGUGGUUUCUCGCCUUUUUGGGCGUUCACUGUCGAUGAUGGUGGCCACCUUCCUCUUCCUUGUUCCACUCCUACCACGCAUGCAACCCUUGGACUGUGGCAGAUGGUUUCUCGCCUCUAUGGGCGUUCACUUUCGAUGAUAGUGGCCAUCUUCCUGUCCUUGGGCCAUGCUGGUAGCUUCUUUCAUUCUACUUGGUUGACUGGUGGUUUCUCGCCUCUAUGGGCGUUCACUUUCGAUGAUCGUGGCCAUCUUCUUCUUCCUUGUUCCAUUCCUACCAUGCAUGCAACCCUUGGCUUGGCCAUCUUCCUGUCCUUGGGCCAUGCUGGUAGCUUCUUUCAUUCUACUUGGUUGACUGGUGGUUUCUCGCCUCUAUGGGCGUUCACUUUCGAUGAUCGUGGCCAUCUUCUUCUUCCUUGUUCCAUUCCUACCAUGCAUGCAACCCUUGGGCUGUGGCGGAUGGUUUCUCGCCUCUAUGGGCGUUCACUUUCGAUGAUAGUGGCCAUCUUCCUGUCCUUGGGCCAUGCUGGUAGCUUCUUUCAUUCUACUUGGUUGACUGGUGGUUUCUCGCCUCUAUGGGCGUUCACUUUCGAUGAUCGUGGCCAUCUUCUUCUUCCUUGUUCCAUUCCUACCAUGCAUGCAACCCUUGGGCUGUGGCGGAUGGUUUCUCGCCUCUAUGGGCGUUCACUUUCGAUGAUAGUGGCCAUCUUCCUGUCCUUGGGCCAUGCUGGUAGCUUCUUUCAUUCUACUUGGUUGACUGGUGGUUUCUCGCCUCUAUGGGCGUUCACUUUCGAUGAUCGUGGCCAUCUUCCUCUUCCUUGUUCCACUCCUACCAUGCAUGCAACCCUUGGACUGUGGCGGAUGGUUUCUCGCCUCUAUGGGCGUUCACUUUCGAUGAUAGUGGCCAUCUUCCUGUCCUUGGGCCAUGCUGGUAGCUUCUUUCAUUCUACUUGGUUGACUGGUAGUCUCUCGCCUCUAUGGGUGUUCACUAUUGAUUAUUGUGGCCACAUUUCUUCAUCGUCCCAUCCCCCAUAUAUUUUGUCUUAA